CUGCUCCUCUCAGUAUCUAGAUCUAUGUUGUAGCCUAGAACGAGCGGGCUGUGUGUGCUUCACAUUACGCGAGCAUACGGGGUGCAAACAUUGAAUUAGAUUUUAUUAUUAUUAUUAUUUCGCCGUGGUCACUUUCCUCGGGGCUUUUUUUUCUCCUCUGUUUGGAUACCUCUGACUUAGGCAUUGGAUAUGUGCACAAAGGAUGAUGAAAACCCCUUUCCUCAUCGUAGAAGUAAAAUAAAAUAGGCUUUCGCGCACACUGGAUUUACCUCUUGCCGUUCCAUAUGAAGAAGUCAAAAAGUUGGAUAGACGUCUGUGUCCAUUUCCUGCUGUUCAUGACGCUUGGGGUACAUUCAGCUGCAACUGGAAAAGUGGUCAAUGAUAUUGACAGAAGAGUCCCUGAUUUGAGACAAAAUAUUCCAAAAGAUUACAAAAUCCCCAUCAAGUUCAUUCCCAAAGAAACGGGCGACAUGUGUUGGGCAAAGUUAAACCUUUACUACUUGGAGGAGAGCUUGAAGGAUUUAUCUGAAAAGUUUGGAAACAUUUCAUCUAAUAAGCUCAACAUACAAAUACUCAUCCAAUUCAUUGAAGAGAAGCGGAUAGGAAUCAGUAAUAUGAAUCCACAAAUGUUAGAGUUUGAGUGCCACUACAGAGUGGAUAAGUGGGAAACAGGGAAAUACUUUAACUUUGUCGAGGAGGUGUGUAACACCGCAGACAGAGAAAGACCUGAAGAGGAAUGUGAUCCACCUCCCUGUCCCACCACACCGAUACCAACAGAAGAAUCCUCUUCAGUUCAGUCCACGUCAGGCCAUGACAUGUCAUACAAUAUCGCUACUAAAGACAUAACACGCUCAUCAGCUUCUUCGCCAAGUCCCCUUCGCCAGGUGGUGGAGAAAAGCCUUUUCUCCUUACUGUUUGUCCCACUGCUGGCCCUAAUCUUCCUGCUUGUGUGGAAGGUCAGGUCAAGAAGGAACGUACAGCAUCCUCGGUCAAAUCGUGGAGAAGAAGAAGGCUUUACAGAACCACAUCUGAUGGCACCUCGGCAGGACGGUGAAACGUCAGAAAAAAAUGCGCUGAACCUCCCCGCAGAAGUGUAACGUUCUGCAAAUUAGAGUGCGCCAGCAAAUUUGGGCUGUGCUCUUCUCUCUCUCUUUUUUUUGUUUUUCAUCUGUUGGUGUUCAAAGGUGAAAGACAAACACGAACCUGCACACCACAGUGAGACUGCAGAGGUUGAGAGGCCUGUUUUGACUGUGCUCCAGAUUAACGGUGGCAAACGUUGACUGCGAGUUUUGUCGGGUUCAAUCAAACCUGACGCUGUUUUUUGUUUUGUUUUGCUUUUUUAUAAGACAAUUCAUCCCUGUGCUUUUUGAAAAGGACUAAAGAUUUUAGCCAAUAACCUUUACCCAUCCAAGCCCUAGACGCUCCCGGCUCCAAGCUAUCUCUGCAUCUUCGACCCUCUGGUUAAAACUUUGCAUAUUUAUCGACUUCUUUUUUUUCCCCUCCAGGUUGCCAUGUUUGCUUGUUUUUUUUAAUUUUUUCCCUACUUCUUUUUUUUUUCCGCUUGCUUUUCAGUCGUCAAAGAACAAAGACGGUGUGACUGAUGCCGGCAAUAUCUUGUUUGUACUGGGGCAUGAAUUUCUACCUCUGGUAACGCUUCAUGUUAACCACAUCCUCAACAGCUCCCCCACUUUUCUUUUCUUUUCUUGUUUUUCUUUUUUUUUAUCCUAAAAAGUGUCUGAGGUUCUCCAAAGAAUAGCAGUGCUGAGUGUGAUUGACCCCAAAGUUUAGUCACAGUAGUCUGGCUUGUGUAUGUUCCCAAGAAGAAGAAGAAGAAGGGGGGAGUGGAGGGUAUGAUGUAUUUAUUUAUUGGUGGUUGGCACUCAGUGGCUACUCUUCCAGAGCUGAAAGAUUUUGUUUAAGGGCACCUUUUACUCAUGGGUCACAUUUAAAAAGUAAAAAAAAAUAAAUCUCUUUACCAACAUAUUGUAAAGCUGAACACAUUAUCUUCUGGAGCAAAUUAUGCUGUCUAUUUCAAUGUAGUUGGUAUAUAUAUAUACAUACAGUAUAUACAUACAUAUGUGUAUAUAUAUAUAUAUAUAUAUAUAUAUAUAUAUAUAUAUAUAUAUAUAUAUAUAUAUAUGACUUGAGCCACUUUGAAUGUGUGAAUUAUUACAUGGAGAUAAAACAUUUAUGUAUUAAAAGUAUGCUGCUUUGACUAACCCCCCAUGUACGCUGUUCAGAACUGCUAAUCCAUAAACUGGGAUGGAUCCACGUUGUUUUCAGAUUGUAAAGUUUAGUCACACAGUCAGAAGCUGCGGUUUCCAUUCCGAAUGUGCGCAAAUCUUUGUGGCUAUUCUGCUGAUGUUGGGGGGAAAAAUAAAACACACACACACACACACAAAUUUCGCAAUUGCUGUGUUUCCGUCAAGUAAGGAAUUAAAAGAGAAUCGUACGGGAAUAAAUUUGUUUGCGCGAUAAGUCAUUAAAAGCCCUGGUCAAACAGUUACAUGAGAUGCAUUCAGAAUUCAGGCACGGCGCUAGCGCUCAACAUGAAUCGGCCAAUCAGAGGAGACGUGGGCGUCUGAUUCAGGCGUUAGAGUGACAUGCCCCGCCCACUCGGAGCGGCUACGUUUGCAGCAUUUUGGAGAAAUUGUAGUUGGUGAUUUUACAGAAAAGUUAUGGAUUGAACACUUUGGAAUGAAACUCAACUUUUUAUGAACUAUGACGCUAUGAGAGCUCUGAUGGAAUCAGCCGGACAUUGUCUGACAAAGUCGCAGUAAUAUCCACCUGUUUCCAUUGCAGUUUUUGUGAAAUACAUCUAUUUGGAAACGGACAAAAAAAAAUAAAAAUCAUCUCAUCCUAGAACAAAAAUCAUUUGAUCUUAAUUGGAGCAUUUCCAUUCGGCUAAUUUAUUUUCCUAUUUUCAAUUUGCGUAAUCUCAUGGCGAAUAGAAACGCCAUAAGAUUACGCAAAUUGAAGGAAUUGAAGGAAUGAAGGAACAGGAUUCAAAGCCAGUGACGGCAGCAGCUGUCGUUCCUUAGUAAACAUUAGUUAGUUUUGGCCUUUUAUUUCUUUACACAUCCUGCUUAUAUGCUUUGCAAGGCACAGCCUGUUACCAGGGAGACCUUCGAUGGCCAUUUUCAUCUGAAUGAGAAAAAAGUAAAAGAGGUUAAAAAAAAAAAUCUAAAGUCCUCUUUUAAAAUUCAUAAUCCGUAAACCAGCAGAUUAAAUCUUUAAAUGUUUGGUAUAAUUUCUCCUUAUCAUCUGUAUUACUGAUGAAGCUCAGCACAAAAUACAGCCUGAGGUAUGUGGGCAGACCGACGGUGCUGUUUAGGCGUCAAUUAUCAGGUUUCCUUUUAGAAAGCAGAUUGUGGGGGAACAUAUGAUCACAUAUUGGUGUUAUUGGUGCCAUUAGUUAGGAAAAAGAAGGCAUAUCCAAGCCAUUUGCUGGAUUUGCAGGAAGUAAGCGCUAGUGUUCCCAGAUUUUCCAGGAAAAUGUCUAACAACGUUUUAGUCACACCACCCUGUUUGAAAUGGACAGUUAAAAAAGUUUUAAAGAGAAGUUAUAAGGAGGUUAUGAGCAGUUAAUAUCUUACCUGCAAUAGAAAACUGUCUUCAUCUAUGAUAGAUGCAGAUCACUUAGAUCUGACCUCAAAAAGAGUCAAGCGGUUUACGCGAAUUCAAGGAACCUUUAGGCUCUUGUCUCAUUUGAAAAAUGUAAAGCAGUCACAGUAAAAGUUACUGGCAUAAAAGUGGAGUUAAAUGCUUUUUGCAAUAAAUCACUGCCAGUUUUAUUUUUAAUCAACAAAAAAAAGUAAUAGUUAACUCUAACCAGUCCAGGCUCCUACUGGACUAGUCGGCAUAAAUUUCUUUUCUGGUUUACAGUAAAUGUAUCAACCGCUUCUAACAUAAAAUAACUCCUCCAACCUAAAGACGCCACGCAAUACCUGCAGAAACAAACUUCUUUUUUUUUUGUUGUAUUUUUACUAGUCGUUUUCAACGAACAAACUAUAAUGUAAUACUGGAAGUAAUAACCUUCAGCUUCACCUAAACUGUCUAAAACUGCAGAAGGAAAUGUGUCGGUUUUCAAAUGCUUUUUGCAAUGAAACCUGUUUACCGUUGCCCUCGACGAGCUCAAUAACGCGGAAAAAGUUGGUAGUAAACUACAUGCAAGGGGGGUUUCCGUGUUUUACUUGGCUACCUGUUUACGUCUGUAAAGAUUCUUCGUGUUAUGCCACAUUUGCUACAUUUAUUUGAACAACGUCGUGUGACGUUGCAGCGAUCCCUUUUAGUGGCAAAGCAUGUGGCAACAGUGGAGUGCAACCGCUUCAAAAGAUAAAAUUAAUGGUGAACACUAAGCUUAUCCCAGAGAAAUGACGUGCAAACUAAAAUUUCCAUUUUUUUUUUUUUUGCCUUAAAACACUGUCCACGGUAGUGCACUGUGACCUCAUACCUAUAUUAAAUAGCUGCAAAAGUUUUGAGGUCUUCACGGUUAACCUUUUUACUGUGUGCCCACAGUUAUCUGAAAUUAGCAGGCACGCUUCUGCACUUCCUGUCUCCAUGAGCAAGGAGCUUCCCUCUGCGGUCGGCAUCGGACGAUAAAACUACUUCAGAUCCGACAAAACGCGACGGUUAUGAAAGAAAAAGAAAAAAAGAGGCUGGACCUAAUAAGAACCACGUAGGUCAGUAAGAAAGCAGAGCGGAACGUGAUUACAAUGCAAGUAGGAAGUUAGGAAUGAGAACAGGACACGCUGGUUGUGACCUUUGCAGUUAGACAACCGGCUGAGGGGACGCUAGAAUCUGCUGCUGGUUCUAGUGGAUAUUUCACAUCGUCAUCGUCGCCAUCAUCAUCAUCAUCAUCAUCAUAUUUGUGGUCUUAUAUUGUUCUAUUUCCACUCUUGUUUGCGUGCCUUGUUUGAUUAGCGUAUUGGACUUGUGCGUUUGUAAAAAAAAAAAAAAAAAAAAGACUCUGCAGCCUAUCUGUGCAUUUCUGUAGUAGCGGAAACAUCGUCCGAGGUCAGUCACCUCUGUUACGAGAGAGGUCAGUCAGCUCGACCUGGAGCCAUUCAUAAAUUGGUACUUGUGUUUGUUUUUUCUUCUUUUUUUUUUUUCUGGCAAAGUAGUUCUUUUACGUCAGCAGAAGGAAUCUACAGUGGUUGUGACAUUUCUUUCCGCGUCAGCUUGUUUAACCUUCGCAAACGUUAGUAGCCAUUUCAGCCGGCAACUGCUUGUUUCCUGUGUAAUUGGAGCUAUAUACUGGGAAUUUUUCUUAUAGAAGACAAGAGUAUAUUGUGCGAGUUCGAUUGUGUGUCUUACAGAAGAAAAGGUAUACCACAUUGGUGUUCGUAUGUUUCUGAUGAGCUCGUAUUAGCUGGAACUUCCUCGGUGUGGUAAAAAGUAUUGUUUAUUGUGUUAAACUGCAAAAUAAUAACAUUACAGCUAAAAACAUGAAUAAGUAAAUAAAAAUGCAGUUUUAAUAAAAAAAAAAAAAAGAGUGGUAACACGUUAUCUGUGCCAUAAUCUUUAUGGCUAUGUCUUUGUCUCACAAUAUACUGAUAUUUCACGAAGGAAUGUCAGAAAUUAGCGGUGAAGGACUGAGAUUUUUAUAUAUUUAAAGAUGGAUUUGUAAACAAUAUUGGAGUAAUAUAUCUAUGACAGUUUAGACCAGUGACUUUCUCCUCCGUACUUUUCUACAUCACUAAAUAAACAUUAAGUCAUCUGUCAUGCCAUGCAGUUUCUUUGACUAUUUCCAGAGAUAUAGGCUAGUCUGGCCACAAACUAACAAACAAGGCAUCCAGUUGCUUUUUCUUUUUUUUUUUUUAAUAUGUAGGCUACAUGAACUUAAGAGCUGUAACGGGUCUAAGCUGUGAACGAGUAAAAAAAAAAAAGAAUAACAUGGUCUCCCAUUUUCCUGUCUACGUCGAAGCCAGAGACUGUUGGUGUGUCUGAUGCAAAGCGAAGCAGAGUUGAGUGCAUUAGUCGAGAGCAUGACUGCCCUUAAACACUGCUCCCUUGUGUGUUGUUCUGUUUGGCAAUAAGAGAGGAGACCUGCAUCCUGAACAGUGCUUUUGGGCACGAGCGAUCCAAUUCAACCCAUCGCAGUGGGCAAACCAAGCGGCUCUGGGCAGGAAAUAAGUCUGGGUGCCAAAAAAAGAGCAAAUGUAAUUAUAGCCCGGCUGAUAUUCGGGGCAUGAAACAAACAAACAAACAAAAAAGAAAAAGAAAAAAAAGCACAAAAAGCACAAA